AUGAGGAAAGGCGGGCAGCAGCAGUGGGUGCGCGCGUCCCCCUGGCUGCACGGGGUGAAUCCGCGCGAUGCCGUACAGCCAGAUGAUGAGGAGGAGAGUGGUGCAGGGAGCUCUUGUGGCGGUGUCUUUGGCAGCACACAGCAGGUGGAGGUGUUGGGGGGCCAUCGCAAGCAGAGGGCGCACGUGCUCGUGUGUGCGCCGUCCAACGCUGCUCUUGAUGAGAUCGUGCUGCGCCUGCUGCACACAGGCCUGAGGGAUGAUACUGGAGGCAUGUACUCGCCAUCAGUGGUGCGAGUGGGGCUCAAUGCUCAUCACUCCGUCGCCUCUGUCGCCAUGGAUAACCUGGUAUCUCAGCGCGCCAGCAGCAUGGCGAGGUCAGCAGCGGGGGUGGGAGCCAAGAUGGCAGGGGCGGGCGGGGUGGAGCGCGACAGAAUACGAGUCGCCAUUCUCGACGAGGCAGCCAUCGUGUGUUCAACGCUCGCCUUUGCGGGGUCGGGGGUGUUCUCGCGCAUGUCACGGCCGUUCGACGUCGUGGUCAUAGACGAGGCAGCCCAAGCGGUGGAGCCAUCAACGCUGAUCCCAAUGACACACGGCUGUUCACAGGUUUUCAUGGUGGGCGACCCGCUGCAGCUGCCCGCCACUGUGCUCUCCACACGAGCCGUGCAUUAUGGGUACCAUGGGAGCAUGUUCUCUCGCCUGCAGCAAGCGGGAUACCCAGUGGUCAUGCUCAACACACAGUACCGCAUGCACCCCAUGAUCCGCCAGUUCCCUUCACAUGAGUUCUACGGCGGGGCAUUGAGGGACGCACCUCAGAUGGCGCAGAACACGGCACGGCCGUGGCACGCCGAGCGGGUGUUUGGCCCCUUCUUCUUCUUCGACCUGCACCAGUCCAAGGACCAACAGCCACCUGGCGGCUCGUGGAUGAAUGCGGACGAGGCGGAAUUCGUGAUGGUGCUGUAUCGGCAUCUGGUGGCAUUGUACCCGCAACUCAAGGAGUCCUCUGACGUCGGUGUCAUCUCCCCGUACAAGCACCAGGUGAAGCUGCUGAGGGACAAGUUUCGAGAGCUGCUGGGCGAGGGGACGCAUAGAGUGGAUGUCAACACCGUUGAUGGCUUCCAGGGCCGAGAGAAGGACGUGAUAAUUUUCUCGUGUGUGCGGGCGGGGAGGGGCAAGGGCAAGAGCAUUGGGUUUCUGUCAGACUAUCGGCGCAUGAAUGUCGGCAUCACCCGCGCCCGCUCCUCCAUGCUCGUGGUGGCGAAUGCAGCAGCGUUGAUGGUGGACGAGCAUUGGGGCAACCUGGUCAAGCACGCACGCUCCACGAACCGAUACCUCAAGGUGUCCCGCCCCUUCCACCGCAUCUUCGCCAGUGACCACCUUGAGAAGAUGAGAGCGUUGGCUCAAGCCGAGGGCGAGGGGGAGGGAGCGGCAGGAGCAGCAGGAGGAGGAGGAGGCACAGCAGCAGGGCCUGCUUUCAAAAGAGCGCCCACUCUGGAGGAUUACGGGGGGAAGCUGGACAAGGGGGAUGGGGGGGUGGGUGGGGAGGGGGAUGAGGUGGCAGAGGGGGAAGGGGAGGAGGAGGAGGGGGAGGGGGCGAUGGGGGAGGAGGAGGAGUUUGAGGUGGCGGUGGAGGCGGGGGACUUUGACGAGGACAACAUCGAUGGGGAAGGGUCAGUGCACUUGUUCCCUUGA